AAUAAAGAGGCGCGCCUAAAUGUCGUCAACACAGCGCCUUUUGGUGAUGUCAUCAAAACGCGCCCUAUAGAAAGCUCUGUAAGCGUGGCAGGGUUUGACUGCAGUCUCCAAAAAUGUCCCGUCGAUAUGAUUCACGAACAACCAUCUUCUCACCAGAGGGGCGUCUGUAUCAGGUCGAGUAUGCCAUGGAAGCCAUCGGCCAUGCCGGCACCUGCCUGGGAAUUUUAGCCAAUGAUGGAGUGCUGCUGGCUGCUGAGAGGAGGAACAUUCACAAGCUGCUGGAUGAAGUGUUUUUCUCAGAGAAAAUCUACAAGCUGAAUGAAGACAUGGCGUGCAGCGUGGCAGGAAUCACAUCAGAUGCCAACGUACUGACCAAUGAGCUGAGGCUUAUAGCACAGAGGUACCUGCUGCAGUACCAGGAGCCAAUCCCCUGCGAGCAGCUGGUCACAGCUUUGUGUGACAUCAAACAGGCCUACACCCAGUUUGGAGGAAAGCGUCCCUUUGGAGUCUCGCUGCUCUACAUGGGCUGGGAUAAACACUAUGGCUUCCAGCUCUACCAGAGUGACCCCAGUGGAAACUACGGAGGCUGGAAGGCCACCUGCAUCGGAAACAACAGCGCUGCGGCUGUCUCCAUGCUGAAGCAGGAUUUCAAGGAGGGAGAGAUGACACUUUCUGCAGCGCUUGCUCUUGCCAUAAAAGUUCUCAAUAAAACCAUGGACGUCAGCAAGCUGUCUGCGGAGAAAGUGGAGAUCGCCACUCUGACCCGCGAGAACGGCAAGACCUGCAUCAAAGUGCUGAAGCUGAAGGAAGUCGAGGAGCUGAUCAAGAAGCAUGAAGCGGAGGAGGCCAAAGCCGAGAAGGACAAGAAAGACAAGGAACAGAAGGAGAAGGACAAGUAGUGACGCUGACCCACACUUUUUUUUUUUUAGUUUUGUGUGUGAAAACGAACGUGGGCUUGUGAGUGUGGAUGUAAAAACUGAGUUUUUAGGUGUGUUUGCAUUUGUGUUGUUUGUUCAAAUAAAUCCAGAUAAUAAAUCCA